UCUCAGAAAUUCAUAUCCACCCUACCCACAACAUACAACUCAACUCACCUUCUCUACUAUUACUAUUUCGUCUUUUUCUCUUCUAUUCGCUUACAAAAUAAGUUUCACUUCGGUUUUAUCGCACUCAACUUCCUGCCGAUUAAACAUGACGACACAAUCGGAGAAUACCUUGACGGUUGAAGCUGCGUCGACACUGGUGAAUGAACUCAGAGCAACAUUUGCUUCCGGCGAAACACGGAGUUACAAAUGGAGAAUUUCGCAACUAAAGCAACUCUAUAAGAUUGCUGAGCAUCACGAACAAGAAAUCGUAGAUGCUCUUCUUAGCGACGUCGGUAAACCGCCGCUCGAAACGGUUGCUUACGAGAUUGCUAUGUUGAAAAACUCAUCUAAAACUGCAAUCAAGGAAUUGAAGCGGUGGAUGGCUCCGGAAAAGGUCCCAACAUCCCUCACUACAUUUCCUGCUUCAGCUGAAAUAGUAUCUGAACCACUUGGAGUUGUGUUGGUCAUCUCUGCAUGGAACUAUCCAUUUUUACUGUCACUUGAUCCAGUCAUUGGAGCUAUUGCAGCUGGUAAUGCUGUGGUCUUAAAACCAUCAGAAAUUGCUCCAGCCACAUCAGCAUUGCUAGCAAAACUGGUAGGGGAGUACAUGGAUAACUCAUCUAUACGAGUUGUUGAGGGAGCAGUUGAUGAAACAUCAGCAUUACUGCAACAAAAGUGGGAUAAAAUUUUCUAUACAGGUAAUGGAAGAGUGGGACGCAUUGUGAUGGCGGCUGCUGCUAAGCACCUUACACCAGUUGUGCUGGAGCUUGGAGGAAAAUCCCCUGUUGUUGUUGAUUCAAAGUCAAAUAUCAACUUACAGGUUACAACUAGAAGGAUAAUUGCUGGAAAAUGGGGUUGCAACAACGGACAGGCUUGCAUUUCUCCUGAUUAUAUUAUAACCACAAAAGACUAUGCUCCUAAGUUGGUGGAUGCUCUAAAGACUGAAUUGGAAAGUUUUUACGGAAAGAAUCCUUUGGAAUCAAAAGAUUUGUCACGUAUUGUAAACUCGAACCACUUUGCUCGUCUGACUAAGCUUUUGGAUGAUGAUAAAGUUUCUGGUAAGAUUGUUCAUGGAGGUGAAAAGGAUGAAACCAAAUUGAGAAUUAGCCCUACUCUUCUAUUAGACGUUCCGCGAGAUUCUCUAAUAAUGAGUGAAGAGAUAUUUGGUCCUUUACUUCCCAUCGUCACAGUGGAUAAAAUAGAAGAAAGCUUUGAUGUGAUAAACUCAGGACCAAAGCCUCUUGCUGCAUAUAUAUUUACCAACAAUAAGAAUCUCAAGGAGAAGUUUGUUAAGACGAUUUCUGCUGGUGGUUUGGUCAUCAACGACACUACUAUACACCUUGCGGUUCAUACUCUACCUUUUGGAGGAGUAGGUGAUAGUGGAGUUGGUGCAUACCAUGGAAAAUUCUCGUUUGAUGCAUUUAGCCACAAAAAAGCAGUUCUUUAUCGCAGUUUUUUCGGUGAUGCUUCUAUAAGGUAUCCACCAUACACCAAAACAAAGUAUAGAUUGAUGAAGGCUCUCAUGACUGGCAGCAUAAUUGGUAUAAUUCGUGCUAUAUUUGGAAAGUCCUAGAAUUAUUUGUAUUGAAAUCUAGAAUUUAAUUGUAUUUGGCAAGUCUUUUAUUCUGGUUUACUUGUAUUUUAUUGUUUUUUUUUUUUGGUUUAAACACAUCAACCAUGACUUUUGUGCUUGACUUGAGAAUAAAUUAGAUAGUGCUAUAUUAUAAUUCUCACAUGUGUAACUGAUAACUCUAGUGGUGCUAAUAUCACUUGGAGUGUAAGUAUGAAAAAUUGUGUCCUUUCUCCUGUGAUGGUUGCCAACUUAUAUAUGAUUUGAUUUGGAA